UCUAUUAAAUGAAUGAGUUUUAAAAUUAUGCGGUUCUUAUAAUGUAUAGUAGGUGGCAGUAGUACACAUAAGAAGUCGAUGACCAAUAGACAAAAAGAAGAAAGAUCCAAAAUGGCGACGCCCAUGCACAGAUUGAUUGCUCGAAGACAAGCAGAGGCAAACAAACAACAUGUUCGUUGUCAGAAAUGUCUGGAAUAUGGACAUUGGUCUUACGAAUGCACAGGGAAAAGAAAGUACCUUUAUCGACCAUCCAGAACAACAGAGUUAAAAAAGAAACUAAAGGAGAACGAGAACAAAGCUGCAGAUGAAAAUGGACCUGGAAUAUUGCCAGUAAGUGACAAAAAGACAAAGAAGAAAAGGUCCUCCAGUUCUGACAGUAGCAGUAAAGACUCUUCAAGCUCUUCCAGUGACUCUUCGUCAGACAGCAGCGAUUCGUCCAGCUCCUCUUCCUCAUCUGAAGACAGCAGCAGUGACAGUGAGGACAGUUCCAGCCCAUCUUCAUCCUCAUCUUCCUCAACUUCUGAGUCCGAUUCCUCAAGCAGUUCUGACCAAGGCCCCCCCAAAAAAAGAAAGAAGAAGAAAUGAACAACAAAUUCAUCUAAUUUAAACAGAAUUCACAUAUAGAACAUCCUGGUCAAGUUACUCCAACAAAAGCUCCUGCAAAGUUUUGAAUCUUCUUCUAGCAUCUUCAUUCAUGCUCAAGAAUAUGGACUCUGUAGCCUCUAUCCUUUGCCUUUUUAUUAGGGAAAGUGAUAAAUGAAUAUUGAGGGAUGGAGACAAAUAUCCUGUUUUUGUAGAAAUGUAAAUUCACACACAUCCCAGGCAUGUUAUUGUGUUUUUCAGUUUUAUCUUAUUUCUUUUUAUUUUGCCCAACAUUUGAUAUUUUCCAAGAGUGUAUGCAUCUACUGACAUUUUCUUUAUUCCUUUCUAUCACAUUUUCUUGAAAUCAGGGAUGCUCGGUCCUGGUCCUGGAGAGCUGCUUUUCUAAAAAGCCACGCUCUUACAUUCCUUAUUGGAAUUUACAAAUGAUCUCUAGAUUUGAUAGUCUGGUUCAUAUGUGCUUUCGAAGUUGGAUCUAUACUCUGCAGAAAGGUAUAUCUCCAGAAGAAAGAUUUGACACCACUGAUUUAUAUUAUACUGAAGAUGAUCUUUUUGCUUGUCUGUGCAUUUUUAAGGGACAAAUACUAUGUAUGAGUUGAGCUGCACAAACAGGAUGGGCAAUGUGUUUUUAGAACAAUUGUCUACUGAAAUAAAAGAAAUGAAGGUAGAAAUGUGACCCCCUGUGAGAUAAAUGUGUAAUUAAAGUAAUAAACAAGUUUGCUUUA